ACUCUCCCCCAACGGUCAUUUGCGUUUCAACUUUGGUCUGUGUCUAAUCUUGAUUCUUGAUCCCAAACAGCCUUCGAUUUCUCCUUUUCACUUUUCUUCUAAGUUUCUCUGCAAAUCUCUCAAUUGAAAGCUUGUAUUUCAAUGGAAAUCCAAAGCGGUUCCCUGAACACACCAAGAUCUCACAAAACUUGCACUCUCGAUAAACCCAUGGAUGGCAAUUUCAUCUCUAAGGUAAGAGUGAUCGUAAGGGUACGCCCCUUUCUCCCUCACGAAAUUGCAGCAAAAAAUGGCAAUCCAAGCUCCUGUAUUUCUGUUGUUGGUCGAGAUUGUGAUCCAAGAGAGGAAGUGACUGUUCGUCUUAAAGAUCCUGACUCCAGCCGAAACGAGUUCUAUCAGUUGGAUUCCUUCUUUGGCCAAGAGGAUAAUAGUGUGAGCCGAAUUUUUGAGAGAGAAGUGAACCCUUUAAUUCCAGGGAUAUUCCAGGGCUAUAAUGCUACGGUGUUUGCCUAUGGAGCUACUGGCAGCGGAAAGACCUACACUAUGCAGGGUACUGAUCAAUUGCCAGGGCUAAUGGCACUGGCCAUGUCCAAAAUUCUGUCCAUUUGCCAGUGUACAGCGAGUACAGCAGAGCUUUCAUAUUAUGAAGUGUAUAUGGAUAGAUGUUAUGAUCUUUUAGAACUCAAAGCAAAAGAAAUUGCAAUUCUAGAUGAUAAAGAUGGGCAAACUCACCUUAAGGGAUUAUCUCGAGUCCCAGUCAAUUCAAUGGCCGAAUUUCAAGAGGUUUUGUCUCGUGGAGCUCAGAGAAGGAAGAUUGCACAUACAGGUCUCAAUGAUGUUUCAAGUAGAAGCCAUGGGGUGCUUGUGAUAGGUGUCACCACUCCUUGCAGUGGUGGUUCUGGGCCUGUUAUUACUGGGAAGCUUAAUCUCAUAGACUUAGCAGGUCAUUUCUUCACCUACCUCAAAUUGACAAUGGGUAAUGAAGAUAACAGAAGGACCUGUAAUGAAGGGAUACGCCUGCAAGAGAGUGCCAAAAUUAACCAAUCCUUAUUUGCAUUGUCGAAUGUGAUUCAUGCGCUAAACAACAGCAAACCCCGAGUACCAUAUCGAGAAACCAAAUUGACUCGUAUAUUGCAGGACUCUCUUGGAGGCACCAGUCGUGCUAUGAUGGUUGCUUGUUUGAAUCCAGGAGAGUAUCAAGAAUCUGUUCAUACUGUCAGCUUGGCUGCUAGGUCACGCCACAUCUUUAAUACUGUUUCUUCAGCUAAAAAACUAGAGACUCCCAAGAUUAAAGUUGACAUGGAGGCAAAACUGCGAGCUUGGCUUGAAUCAAAAGGCAAGACAAAGAGCGCUCAAAGAAAUGGAGCUUGUGCUUCUCCAUUUCCUGUGAGUUCUAUCAAGCAACCUACUUACCAAUCCACUGUGAAAGCAAAGGUCAAUAGCAACAGGGGCCCAUCUAAUGCUAAAGAGAGGACAAAGGCCGUACCCUUCAGAAAUUUGUUCAAUACUGAAGGAUUGAAUGAUUCUUUGUUGGAGAGUCUGCAGUUUGUUGCUGAGGACAAUAGAGAAGAGAUCUGUGCUGAUUCUGCUGAAACUGUUUUGGAACCCACUACACAAAAUCCAGUUGAGGAAAAGAAUGUCAUAGACUCAAACAACACAAUAGAAGCAUCACCAAUUAGCGAGAAUAAAAAUGCUUUGGGAAGUCCUUUGAGGAAAGUUCUCUCCCCUAUCAACUCAAAUAUAAAACCAUUUCCCCAUGAAGAAGUAGCAUCUGCAGGGCCAAAGUGCCCCGUUUUCUUUGAGCCGACGACUCCAAUGACACCAUAUACUGUGACCCGAGCAAAUGACAAGUUCACAACAGGAGGCACCCCACUAGACAAAUUUAGUGCAAUGAGUGCUACUUUGAAGAGCUCUCUUAUACAAGAGUACAUUGAGUUCCUGAAUACAGCGAGCAGAGAGGAACUACUGGAAAUCAAGGGGAUUGGAUUGAAAAUGGCUGAGUAUAUAGUUGAUCUCAGAGAAACAAGCCCCUUAAAAACGCUGAGUGAUUUAGAGAAGCUAGGCCUUUCAUCCAAGCAGGUUCACAACAUGUUCAGCAGAGCUGCAAGAGGGAUAUUCGAUAGACAUGGAGUGCCCGCACCCAGUUGGUCAGAGACUUUACAAGUUGAAUAACUGUCCAUGGAUACUUCAUCCAUUGACUCCUGAUCAAAUUUGGUUGCAGUAUCAAUCAUGCUUGCAUCAUUGGUAAUCGAUGUCCUUAGCUAUUGUAAUACAUGUCCUUAGCUGUUUUAAUAUAUGUCCCUUUCACCGUGUCCUGCGUGAUAUUAGUUUUAUGUGAACUGGGAUUUCACAUGUAUUAUACUCUUAAAACUAGUUAUGUACCAUAACUUAAGUAGCAUAACUGUGAUUCUCGUUGCCA